CUGGUGUCGCCACGGAAAGCUGCCGGCAGAUGACAUCAGCUGGUGGAGAGGAAAUAUACUUUGCACGUGUGCUGUCGCAAGAUCAUGAGGUGGCAGAAGUAGCGGGUAGAGCAAGUGCAGCAGGUUUGGCAAACUACGCGUUGCGCGGCGAGGAGCAACGAGAUGAACCCUCCAGGGCUAGAACAGACUUUGAAAGGAAAGCAAAUCGCAAACUGUGGACGCCCAGGAAGGUUUUCUUUGUGGAAAAAAUAAGCCCGGCUUCUACCAACGAUGCAGAGAGGACUGGCUACACAAGUCCUGCUGGCUUGUCACAGAAAGCGCGACCUCAGCUGACUUCUGUCAGUGAUGUCAGGGGCAGGAGGGACAGCGCAGAAGGGCGGGCAUCGUCAAGUACAGUACGGCACAGGUCCGUUGAGGGAGUGGAAACAACUAGGAGUACGACAGAAAAAAUAGCGAUCUACGGGAUCCAACAUGUCAUCGCGGCCUGUCGAUUUCGUGAGCGAAAGGUCGCACAGCCAUCCCCGAGCCAGACGGGACCAGACACGCAACAGGUCUGUUCCUCGUCCCUACAACGCGAGCCCGCGUGCAGAGGACGAGAUGACAACGAAGUUGAAGCAGCAGACGAGAUAACGAGUCCAUCACUAGGUAGGAGCGCACCAUGCUCUCCGGCCGCAUCAACAAAAUCUCGUUCCGACCCUAACGGCGAGUGCGCGCUGAUGGACCACAGUGGUUCCUCUCGUACGGUAGACAUAACAGACUGCAAAUUUGUUCCCCUAACCCGGACGCAAUGGGAUUUCUUCUUCUCGUGCCUGAUGCGCGCAGCACAUCGCACAGAAAAACAUGAAAAAGGUGUUUCGCAGCCAACAGCGCAGGCCGAUCAUUGUGGUGAGCCGAAUUUCGACGUGAUGGGCAAGAAGAACAUGAUUCGCAAGGGCCAAGAUAGGAAUGGAAAAAUGAAAGACCACGUGCUUCCCGAGAGCCUAGCAGCUUGUGUCAAGCUUGUGGAACUCGAUGUUCUUGACGUCGAUCAUGAUCUUCUGAAGGAUUAUGCUACUGCGUCGACACGUUUCGCAGAUGAACUGAAGAACAACUCGGCCGCAGCAGGUGGCUGCGACGGGGAUGCGGUCGAAGAUCAGAACGAGAUUUUCCCAGGUGUUAGCCCAGCGAUGUCCACAAGUUAUGGCAGUACUGCGGGGGAAGAACUACAGGUCUCUAACCUGCAACUGCAGCCAGACGCCGGUGUCGCUGUCCACCCGACAAAAACCGCAGAAAAUCUGCCCCAGUUCACGUUUGUCGACCUGUUCGCGGGUAUCGGGGGGUUUUCCUGCGGCCUGAAGUCGGGAAAUUUCUGCCACCUGCGCGGGACCUGUCUAUUGGCCUCGGAAUGCGACGCGGAGGCAAGAUAUUUGUACGAAGUCAAUCACGGAAAGCCCCUGUUUGGCUUCAAUACCGACAUCACGACGCUAGAGAAGUUACCCGCUUGCCCCCUUACUGGCCAACUCGACCUCCUCUGUGCCGGAUUCCCCUGCCAGUCUUUUUCAAAAGCCAAGUAUGAUAAUGCAGAAAAUAGUGAUAUCAUGUCGCUUCAGCUUCAAUUGCAACAUAUUUAUGCUUAAAUCAACAGCGCGAAAUCGAUUGUCAUGCAAAUUGAAAUGUAGUAGUAGUUCUAGUUUCUCUCCACAUCUACUCCCUCUGCCCGUGUUUCAUUUAAAUUUCUAGUACUCAACACACUAGUAGGUACGAACGCGAUUGAGGCACCAGGGGCGACAUAAAUCUAGUUUUUCUCACUUUGAUACCGGCAGCAGCCGCAAAGGUCUAAAAAACGAGCUAGCAAACCCGGGACAGCUGUUUUUCGAGAUCGUCAGACUGCUGAAACACAGUAAAAGCCUCAAGCCGCGAGCCUUGCUAUUAGAAAACGUCCCCGGGUUGUUGGAACUGGAGGACGGGAAGGUGUUUGAAACGGUGAAACAGUUAUUAGAACAAGACUGCGGAUACGAGGUGCACCACAAGGUCCUGAACAGCCACGCAGUCUGUCCGGAUGUUGUUCCGCAAAACCGGGAUCGGCUGUAUAUCGUCGGGUUUUUGAUGAGAAGGGGGGGUGGAAUGGCAUCUCCUUCUUGUGAAAGAACUGAGCCUGAAGCAAGACUGGAGCUGGACCAGAAUAUUUCUCCCGAGUUCGAUUUCCACUGGCCCGAGCCACCACAGGAACGCCAACACAUCGACGGGGGCGAGAAACACGUGCCAAGCUGCAGCCACAGUGACAUGAGAGUAGACACCUCUUCCACGAGGACCUCUUGCGGGGACCAAGAUUGGAGGCGAGCCGCAAAUUCAAAAAGCCACAAUGCUGGAACAGAAAACCAAUCUGAUCUCUCUCCGCCAAUGGAAAAAACAUCACUUUCGUCAAACUCACCGGCCUCGCUACGUCAAAUCAGACCUGUCACCGUCCGCGACAUCUUGGAGCCUGAUACCGCCUUGGAACAAAACCCCGAAAAGUUGAAAAGCGUCCUUUUAACCGACACUCAGUGGGAGAAGGUGAAAAGCCACCGAUCGUGGACCAGUUCGAAAAAACCAAAAAAGCGCAUCGUGGAGCUGGACUACCUCGCACGCACACUGACGGCGCGGUACAAAUCUGGCUACUUGGUGCAGUCCGAGUUCGUGCCGUAUCCAAGGGAUGAAGACGGAACGCACGAAAAUGAAAGUGUUGAAAAUCUCCCCCCGCCGCGCUUUUUCACGCUGCGGGAAUGCGCACGGCUGCAGGGUUUUCCAGAGACGUUUUGCGUGGAAAACCAGCGAAACGCGAACCGCUUCUAUUACCAGUGCGGAAACGCCGUGUGCCCGCCUUUGGUGGCGAAAAUCGCGAGAAACGUGCUGGAAUGUUUAGGGGUGGGGAUAAUUACAGCAACCACGGAUCAUAUAAUAACGUCGAGAAGAACUACGAAAGCCGAUGUUGCGGUAGAAGUUGACGCUUCGCCGAGUACGGACUGCUUACAGAACAGCGACAGAAAAACUAGCGCGUCGAUCAUGGUAGAAGAAGAAGAAGAUGAUAUCGCAGCAGGAGCAGCUUCAGUAUUGAGUGACAGUCCGACGAAAAGACUGCGAGUCGACCUGGGAAAGAACAGCUCUUUGGUCUCAUCAACCGCAUUGCCGUGCUCCGCGGUGGGUGGGGCAUGAGCGGUUUUUUGCGACACUGGUUGCCCGAGUGUCUGUCACCUCGUGACAUUUCAUCAUGAAUAAUGUUGAGCAUCAUGGCCGAGGCCGUGGACAUAAGCGACAGCGAUUUUUAUUGAAAUCGACAGCGACCUCUAGCUCUACAGAACAAAACCUUCACGAUUCAUACCUAUUUGAUGUAAGUACAAGCUCAAGCAGGUUAUCCUAGUACUGCCACGUCAGCAGCGCACAUCUUC